AUGUUCCUUAUAAAUUACGAGCCAUGCGGCAAUGGUAAUGGACAAAGCCAUCCCGGCGGACGUCUCGCCAAACUGGCUAGACAGGGCGAGGGCGAUGCUGAAAAAAUUGCAACCGAAAUAAUUGAAUUAGAAAAAAAUAUUGUUAAAGAACUAGUUUCAUCAACAUACGGAAAUUUAGAUGACGAACAGCAAAAAAAAAUAUUCAAAAGAAUUUUCGAAGGCAAAGAUGAGUCAAAAGAUAAUCCGCCUGAAUUUUUCUCAGACAAAACCAAACUAAACCCUAAAACCAUUAAAUAUCAAUUUAUAAAAGCCGAUGGGAACAAAUUAACUUACGAGGAAUUUAUUCAACUUUUAAGUAAUAAAAAUAAAGACUUUUUAAAGCUAUUCAGACAAGAACUAUAUCAAAUUGGGUUAGAGAUGGGCGGCUAUUUUUGGGAGUGUGUUCCCGUAGCAAAAAGUGAUAUUGGUAGAGAGUUGGAAUUUGUCGUGGUUAAAUCAGAAUUAUUAGAUAAAAACCAAGAUUAUUCGAGUUUCCAAGAACAUAUCAGCAAAUACAAAGACCAACCUGCUUGUAGUUUUCUCAAUUUAGGAGGAGACGCAACUUUAAUUAUUCCUCUCCCCCACAAAAAAGGAGACAGCGAACUUGAUUAUAAAAAUCUAAAAGAGUUUAAUGAUAACGCCCCUGAGGAGCAGUGA